AUGAUUGGUGGAUCUGACAGCGCUAAAAUUUAUGGCGCACGUGAAAAUUUACGCAAAGUAAAAUUUGAUAAAAAUUUGAAGUCCGAAAACACGACGACAACAUAUGAGAAAGAGGAAGUCAACGUGGAGUUCACUCACCACUUUUCGUCUGCUUCGCAACAACCCGCGAUCGCCUUUGGAUCUCUCACUCUCUCUGAGGUCAGACACGUCAAGUUAUAUACUCAGAACUUAGCCGACAAACUGCCCGAAAAAUUAGCUGACUGA